GCGAAAAUGAUGUGGCAACCAGACAGAAGCAAAACCACGCAAAUAGAUCAACUCAGGGACAAAAUUAACCAAAGAUUUGGUGUAAAUAUAGCAUCAUAUCCAGAGUUUCAUAAAUGGUCAUGUGACAACUAUCCAGACUUUUGGGAAGAAGUAUGGAAAUUUGCAGGAAUUAUUCACAGCCAACCGUAUACACAGGUCGUAGAUAAAACAAAAGAUAUCGGUGAGAUACCACAAUGGUUUGAAGGGGUCAAGAUGAAUUUUGCUGAGAAUCUACUGAGAUUUAAUGAUGAUAGAAUUGCUAUUUAUGCUACUGGUGAAGGAAGAACUGAUAUUACAACUAAAACAUUUAAAGAAUUAAGAAAAGAUGUAGCAGUAUAUGCAUUAGCUAUGAAAUCUAUGGGAAUAGAAUCUGGUGAUAGAGUUGUAGGUUACAUACCUAAUACCGUAGAAGCUGUGAUAGCUAUGUUAGCUACUGCCAGUAUAGGUGCCAUCUGGAGCUCAACUUCUCCUGAUUUUGGUGUUGUGGGAGUUUUAGAAAGAUUUUCACAAAUUAGACCAAAGUUGAUAUUUAGUGUCAAUGCUGUACAUUAUAAUGGCAAAGUUCACAAUCAUCUUGAAAAGGUGGAACAGGUUGUUAGAGGCUUACCUGAUUUACAGAAAGUUGUAAUAUUUCCCUUUGUUGAAGAGGCUAAUUUUGAUCUCUGCCAUAUUCCAAACAGCUGUAGUUUGAAACAGUUUUUAUCAGACUCUGAAGAAGAAUCUGAGUUAAAGUUUGAACAAGUACCGUUUAAUCAUCCUCUAUAUAUUAUGUACUCCUCCGGUACUACUGGAGUACCAAAAUGUAUGGUUCACUCUGUCGGAGGUACACUGUUAAAACAUGUAGAAGAACAUAUAAUACAGGGAGAUAUGACAAGAGAUGAUAUUAUGUUAUAUUAUACUACAGCUGGUUGGAUGAUGUGGAAUUGGCUGGUAUCAGUAUUAUAUAUUGGAGCUGGUAUAUUUCUUUACGAUGGCUCACCACUCUUACCAACACCUAAUGUUUUCUGGGAUUUCAUUGAUAAAACUGGAGUGACCAUAUUGGGAACAGGAGCUAAAUGGCUUGCAGUUUUAGAAGCAAAAAAUGUUGUUCCAAGGAACACCCACAGUUUAAAGUCAUUACGUAUGAUAUUGUCUACUGGUUCACCAUUAAAACCACAGAGUUAUGAAUACGUUUAUAGAGAUAUUAAGUCAGAUUUAUUAUUGGGAUCUAUAUCAGGUGGAACUGAUAUUAUAGCAUGUUUUAUGGGUCAUAACAUAACAUUACCAGUAUAUAAAGGUGAAAUACAAGGAUUAUUAUUAGGUUGUGAUAUGCAGUGCUGGGAUGAAACAGGCAAGCCAGUGUUUGAUGCCAGUGGUGAACUAGUUUGUUUGACUCCAUUUCCCUCUAUGCCAGUUAAAUUCUGGAAUGAUGUUGAGAAUUUGAAAUAUCGUAAAGCUUAUUUUGAAAAAUAUCCAGGUGUAUGGGCUCAUGGUGAUUAUUGUAUGAUUAGCUCUCAAACUGGUGGUAUAGUGAUGUUAGGUCGAAGUGAUGGCACAUUAAAUCCAAAUGGUGUUAGAUUUGGUAGUGCAGAAAUUUAUCAUAUUGUGGAAUCAUUUAAAGAAAUAGCUGACAGUGUUUGUGUGGCUCAACGUAAAACAGAUCUGAGUGAAGAGAGAGUGGUGUUGUUUUUAAAGAUGGCACCUGGAGCAGAGUUUAAUGAUGAUUUAGUUAAUGGUAUUAAAACUUCAGUUAGAACUUACCUAACAUCUCGUCAUGUUCCUGCUGUUAUUCUACCAAUAGAUGAUAUUCCUUAUACGAUUAGUGGAAAGAAGGUUGAAGUAGCUGUUAGACAAGUUAUACAUGAUGAGAUUGUUCUACAGCGUGGUGCCUUGGCUAACCCUCAAUCUUUAGAUCUCUAUCAUAAUAUACCACAAUUACAAGGUUGGAUUUGAAGUAGUUCAACUCACAGAAGAAUUACAUACAAUGAAUGAUUUAUCAGU